UAGCUAGCUGCAGAUGAAUUUUUAAACAGUCUUAUUAAAUAAGAAACACUGAGCCAAAUACAGGGGUGAAAGCUGUAGAGAUUAGAGAAAUAGGAAUAGCCACCAGCUAACCUUAGCUCACCACGCUGCUGUAGCUUCCCCAAGAGAACGCGGUUCUUCCUGUCUAACCUGCACUUUUAUUGCCUUGCUGUUCUGCCUUCUCAUUGGCUCUUAGCCCAGCCACCUCACUUCCUCGUCACUGCCUGUCUGUACAGACCUCCAGGUCUCUAUGGUUGGUACUGGGAUUAAAGGCAUAUCACCAGCUUGGCCGUGUCCUUGAACACACAGAGCCUGCCACGUGAUCGGAUGAAGGGCGUGUGCUACCCCGCCUGACUUUUGUUUAUGGCUGGCUAUAUCCUCUGAUCUCCAGACAAACUUUAUUAACAUACAAAUAAAAUAUCACCACAGCUAGCAUGAUAGAUGCCUUUAAUUCCAGCUCAACAGUUAAGAGCACAUAAUGCUCUUGCUGAGGACCAAGUUCCGUUUCUUGGUACAGAAGUCUAAUUGUGAUGACAGGCUGUUAAAAGACCUAGGAAGGGAGGAUUACCAUAAAAAGGACAGAAAACAGAGCCAAGGAUGUACAUGUUACUUUUUUGUUGUUGUGACAAAAUGUCCAACAAGAGCAAUUUAUGGAAGGAAAGAUUUAUUUUGACUCACAGUUUAAAAGUACAGUCCAUCAUUUUUUGGAAAUGAUAGUGUCAGGAGCAAGAAGCAGUUAGCCACAUUGCAUUCAUAGUCAGAAAGCAGAGAGUGCAAAAGACUGGUACUUGGGUGUCCAGCUUGCUUUCUUCUUUUUAUUCAGUCUGGGAUCAUAGCCUAUUGAAUGGCUCUGCCUCACUCUUAGGGUAGGUCUUCCCAUCUUAAUAAACUCAACCUAAAAACCACUCCCUUAUAUACAUGACCAGAGAUCUGUCUCCUAAAUGAUUCUAGAUCCUAUCUAGUUGACAAUCAGUACUAACCUCAUCACAGAGAGGAAAGGAGGGCAUGUUAAGUGUUGAUGGAAUAUGACAAAGUGACUUCACAUAAAGAUGCAAAGGACCUCUUUCCGCCACCUUUCCGUGCCGGCACCAUGGUGCAUAUGAAUGUCCUGGCUGAUGCUCUCAAGAGCAUCAACAAUGCUGAGAAGAGAGGCAAACGUCAGAUCCUCAUCAGGCCCUGCUCCAAAGUCAUCGUUAGGUUCCUAACUGUGAUGAUGAAGCAUGGUUACUUUGGUGAGUUUGAAACCAUCGACGACCACAGAGCUGGGAAAAUCGUUGUAAACCUCACAGGCAGGUUGAACAAGUGUGGGGUGAUAAGCCCUAGAUUUGAUGUGCAACUCAAAGACCUAGAAAAAUGGCAGAACAAUCUGCUCCCAUCCCAUCAGUUUGGCUUCAUUGUACUGACAACCUCAGCUGGCAUCAUGGACCAUGAAGAAGCAAGACGAAAACACACAGGAGGAAAAAUCCUGGGAUUCUUUUUCUAGAGAUGUAAAACACAUUAAUAAAAAGCUUCCAUGGACUAAAAAAAAAAAAGAUGCAAAGGAAACAACAAACUACAUGAAGUGUGACGGUCAUACAGCACAGAGUGGACAAGCA